UGUCUGUGCCUUGGGGCACCGUGUCUGUUCCUGCGCAGCCAUGACUCAGUGUCCUCCUAGGUAUGACUAAAGCUGCCUGUGUGACCUACCACGUGCCGUGCUCUCUGGUUACACACACGUGAUUCCUCGUAUCAUAGGGAGCUUGUGCGUGUGCUGCCGAUGCAUUGUGUGUGUGGCUUUGCACGCCUCUGUGUGUGACACAUUGUGAUGAGCUGUGUGGUCGAACCGGUGAGAGGGGGUGCGUUACUGGCCGAAGGAUUCUGGCGGUCUGUGCCUGUACAUAUCCCGGGGAGUGACAACGACGGCGGAUGAUGCUGUGAGGACGUGGGAAGCCCAGGGUGCCGCUAACAGGGAGACUGUGCGUCUGGAGGAGUCACCCAUUUCGGGAGCCCUGGUUCCACCCAGAGACCAUCCCCAGACCUGACUACGCCCCUGAAGCCCUAACCACGCCCUUAGCCCGUGGCCACGCCCCCAGGAGCCUUGUUCCGCCCCGAGCCCGCCCCUAGCCCUGACCCGCCCUCAGGAUCCUUGGCCUCGGCUGGCGGCGGCGACAUCAUCAACGGCGAGGACUGCAGCCCGCACUCGCAGCCCUGGCAGGCGGCACUGUUCACGGCAAACGAAUUCUUCUGCGGGGGCGUCCUGGUGCAUCCGCAGUGGGUGCUGUCCGCGGCACACUGUUUCCAGGACUCCUACACAAUCGGGCUGGGACUGCACAGUCUUGGGGCCAACCAAGAGCCAGGCAGCCAGAUGAUGGAGGCCAGCUUCUCCAUACAGCACCCAGAGUACAACAAACCCUUUAUCGCCAACGACCUCAUGCUCAUCAAGUUGAAAGAAUCGGUGUCCCGGUCUGACACCAUCCGGAACAUCAGCAUCGCCUCCCAGUGCCCAGCAGCUGGGGAUUCUUGCCUCGUUUCUGGCUGGGGUCAGCUGAUUGAUGGCAGGCAGCCCCCAGUGCUCCAGUGCGUGAAUAUCUCGGUGGUGCCCGAGGAGAUCUGCAAUGCCUUCUAUGCCCCCGUGUACCACCACAGCAUGUUCUGCGCUGGCGGAGGACAGGACCGGAAGGACUCCUGCAAAGGUGACUCUGGGGGCCCCCUGGUCUGCAACGGGUCCCUGCAGGGUCUCGUGUCUUUUGGACAAGCCCAGUGUGGCCUACCCUACGUGCCAGGCGUCUACACCAACCUCUGCAAGUUCACUGACUGGAUACAGAAAACCAUCCAGGACAGUUAACUCCUGGAACUUGGACCCAAGAAACCGAGCCCCCAAUAUAUGUUGUGGAAGGGAUUCAGGACCCUGGGUGUCCAGUGCUUUCCUCCCUGAGACCCAGGAGUCUAGACCCCCAACCCCCUCCUCCCUCAGCCCCAGGAAUCCAAUCCCACCAAGAAUCUUUUCCUGUACAAAGUGCCCCCUGGUGGCAAAAUGUUGGCCCAGCCUUACCAGUAGCAGAGAAGGUUGGUUUUUCACCUUCUUGUUCCCUUAUCUCAAGCCCAGAAAUAAAAUCUAAGAGAAACACAGGCUCUGUUUGAACUGUCGUCCUUGCUUCCAUUCCCAUUCACAGGAUUCCAGCAAAUAACUUUUCCUCCUUGGGCCUUAGUUUCCCCCAGGAGGGCCACUGGAUUCCCAAGGGAGGAGAUAUGCUUGAGACGUUAAGAGAAAUUGAUUCUGUGGAUGUUGUCCAAUUUCAAAAAAGUCAAGUCAGCAAAUGACAAAUUAAUGAGGUUUUCUUGCUUAGUUUUCUUUU